CGGAAGUGCAUUUCUGGUCUCCCGGGCAACAGCCCCUCCCUCCCGUGCCCCUUCUGUUUCCUUACAGGAAGUAGGUCCCUGCUCGCCCACCGCCCGAGAUCCGCGAGCUACGAGCCCACGAGUUCCACCAUCCCAUUAGGAGGAAAGCUGCUGUUCAGUCCAUGAAGACGUGUGCCGCAGGAGUAAGAGACACUCCCAAAGAGCCAUUGACAUUUGAGCAGCCUGGUGAACGUGAUGAAUUACACCAGAGCCUCUUAAGCAGUCGCCUACUUGAUGGCACGUGCCUACACUUCCAGCUCUGCAAAGUGCAACCUCUCCUAAGCCAUCUUUUUCAGCGCCCACUUGGACUUCCACAACCAGAGAUGACAGCAAAGGUGGCGUCCUGGAAAGCUGCUGAGCCUUGGUCUUUUCAUCCAGUCUAUGCAAGGUACUGGCGCCAUUAUCACCAGGCCAUGGCCUGGAUGCGGAGCCACCACAGCGCCUACAGGAAGGCGGUGGAAUCUUACUGCAGUUACCCGUGGGCCUUCCCUCCUGCAGCUCUUCCCCAGAGCCCUCCCACGAACAAGGCCAAGCCUCAGCCCUCUCGUGACCAUCACCCGGCCUCCACGGACUCGCACUGCAUUUCUUCACCUUCUAGAAGGUCCGGGCAGCAUCCAGCAGCUCGCCCCAGAGAACACCAAGCUUGGCCUGCCGAGGAGGAGGAGGCGGCGGAGUCCGAGUCAGACGGGGGUGUGGAGUGCGACCUGAGCAACAUGGAGAUCACAGAGGAGCUGCGCCAGUACUUCGCCCAGACCGAGAGGCACCGGGAAGAGCGACGGCGGCAGCAGCAGCUGGACGCCCAGCGCCUGGACGACUACGUGAACGCCGACCACGACCUGUACUACAGCACCCACCGCUCGGUGCACCCCCCCUCCGAGAGGCCCGGCGAGCGGCGCCAGGCCGAGAUGAAGCGCUUGUAUGGGGACAACGCCGCGAAGAUCCAGGCCAUGGAGGCCGCCGUGCAGCUGAGCUUCGACAAGCACUGUGACAGGAAGCAGCCCAAGUACUGGCCGGUCAUCCCGCUCAAGUUCUGAGCCCGGAGCGCCACGUACCCAGCCAUCACCCCCUUCCUUUUGGAUUCACUGAAUCUCUCCUGUGCAUCUUCUCAGGGAAAUUUCUCUUAUACUGAGAAAUCAGCAUGUCACCAAAGUCCCAGGGGGCCCGUCUCAGGGCUGGAUGUAACACGUUGGCCACUUGAAGUCAGCAAGAUGUGUGCUGUUGCCAACAUGAAAGAUUUUCUGUUGAUCCAAAAUGAUAAUUUCAUGUAUCUCAUGCCUUCAUGUAUAUCACUGAUACGCUCCAGUUCAUUAAAGUCCUCACUUAGA